AGAGAUUUAGGGAAUGACACUGUAAUCCUCGCCAGCAAAAGGAUGGCAUGUGUCAUUUGCACAUUGAAUGUCACUCUCCCCUGGGACCCCCAAGAGCUGCAGAUAUUGGGAUCACAACAGGUACCUAAUGACACGUGGGAUAAAAAGGGAGGCUAUUGGUGGUCUCCUGGAUGUAUUGGCUUUGCAAGAUUUAACCAUGAGAGGAGCCAUUCAAAUAUUUUAGACCUUCUCACACCUCAAGGUCCUUAUUGGAAUGCACGGAAAAAUAGGUCGCAUCCAUUCACUCUUGUUUAUCCACACAAUACAGAACAAUUUACUUGGGGAGGGUCAUAUUGUGGCUUCCUUCCAAAUAUAUCCACACCAAUGGGAAAUAGCAGUUAUUGUCCGCCUGAACAUUGGGUGAGUAACCCUGGUGUCAUUAACGUGUCGAGGCCUGGUGGCUCUCAAUGGGGAAUAGAUUGCAAUCUCAGCAGCGAGUAUGCAAAAGGCUGCUGUUUUGAACCCAGGGCGAAAGGACAGGGAUCAGAAAAAUACAUCUGGAACAGCUCCACUGUGAAGGCACUUCCACCAGGUAUAUUCUUGAUUUGUGGUGACCGUGCAUGGCAAGGGAUACCAUCAAAUGCAGUGGGAGGACCUUGUUAUUUGGGACGGUUAACCAUCUUGUCCCCACGAGCCCUCGACUGGGUGCGCUUGACCAGAAACAUGACGAAAUCUCGGAAGAGACGGAGCAUUCAUACACUGGCAUCGGACUGUGGUGACAAAGUUCACCUUUGGGAACCAACAGCGUGGAUCUUUGCAUCUAUUUUUACCCUAGGAGUUGCCGCAGCGCAAGCGCUGAAAGAGAUAGAAAGGUCCGUAAAACAGGCCAAUAUGACUUCCACACUGCUGAGUGAACUGCUCGUAGACAUUGACAGUAUUAGGCGUGCUAUGCUUCAAAACAGAGCAGCAAUUGACUUCUUGCUUCUUGCACAGGGUCAUGGUUGCAAAGACUUUGAAGGGAUGUGUUGUUUUAACUUGAGUGAUCAUAGUGAGUCGUUGCACAAGAAGUUGGAGUGGUUAAAAGAACACACCAGGAAGAUUGGCAUCCAGGAUGAUCCUUUUGGUAACUGGUUGGAGAGUUGGUUUGGUGGUAUUGCACCAUGGUUCAAGCAAUUGCUUAAGAUAGUACUGAUAGGGUUUGCAACGUAUGGCUGAAAAAAAAUGAUUUAUACACAAAUAGAAUAUAUACAGUUUAUAGAUUUCAUACGUUUAUAGGUUUAUAAGGUUACAAGUUUAUAGGUCUAUAGGCUUAUAGGUAUAUAUUGUUGUGUAUUGUAACGGGUUAAGCUUUCUUAGCAUGGGGAAGGGGAGAUGUUGUAUUAGGCGAAAUACAGGGAUCUUGUUGAGAUGUGACGUGACAGGCCCUCCCCCAUAUUCUGGAAGAAUCUUACUGACGUGUAAUACAGUGGGAGUAGACGAAAUGGACGUAGGUUAUAUAAGGUUGUGUGUGCUUCAAUAAAUCGCCAUUUUACCACCCUACCA